AUGCGCCCGGCCGCUCCCGCCAUCGAUUGGGCGGCCGUCCGGCACGCUGCUCUUGGCUUCGCGCUCCUCGCUGGCGUGAAACUUGCCGCUUUUGCCUUCGACCGCGGCCUGGACACCUACGUCGGUCUGGUCACGCGCCUCUUCGAACAUGAACCAUGGGUGCCGUACGAAGACCUCGUUGUACCGAAUGCACCACGGCCUGCCCUCGACUGGACCCGUUGCGCUUUGCUCCACAACCGCAUCGUCGAGCUGGGCUGGCUGGGAUACAACAAUGGCAGCGGAAGAGACGCAGCGACGAGGGACACGACGACAUGGUGGGCCAGGCACCAGCACGAGGCCGAGCAGAUCCAGGAACGCCUCACUCCGGACUUGAUCGACUUCUUGCAGCAUGCCCAGAUGCCCGAGGAAGGAUUGGCCUUCACCCACGAGCUGGCCGGCCUCGCGCACCCGCACACCAUGUUUUCGUAUCUCGACCAUUUCGACGAGGGUGAGUAUAUGCUGCUCCUCUACGAGGCGCCCUGGGAUGUGGGCGGAGACAUGUUUGGCCUGGCUUUUGACAAGCGCGACAAUCUGGUACACUUCUUCCCGUGGCAGGACGGCGUCGGCGCCGACGUGAACUGGUUCCCACUGGAACUGGCAUUGCGGACGUAUCUUGGCAUGAUCGAGGCGGGCAAGUAUGUCGCGUUGCCUCCUGCGCAGCUCAAAGCAAUCGAAGAGCGGCAGGACCUGGACCUCGUCCACCCGCCGUGGGCCAAGAUGGCGUGGGAAACCAAUGGUGGGAUCGAGAGGACCAUCGCCAAGCUCGACCUCCUGAUGCAAGCCAUCUGGGAGCGUAUGCCCGCCGAGGCCCAGACCGCGCAACGUCAGCUCAGGCACCAGCAGCGCAUGAUCUCCGAGACAUCACUGCUGCGCGAGCAUGGCCCCGCCGCCCCCCGGAACAGCUUCCUCCACCUCUUCCUGACUCGAGCCGCCGGCUGUCCUUUCGACUACAUAGCCCCGGGCCUCAAGUGCCCCACGGACGAGACCAUCGAGUCCAUAUUGGCAGAGCCGCCCGUCCCGGAAUCUUACGUGGCUGACGGACGAGAUGCGGCCGCGCUGCCGGUGCUCCUGUUUCCAUCAGAUGAGCGGGUGCAGGACGACGUCGACGGUGGAGACUUCUACGGGUGGUACAAGGCCACGCUGACCGGCGUGCUCGGCGGACUGUACAUGGACGGGGCAUCGCACCGCGACUCGUACCAGGACGGCGUGCAGCUCGUAACGCCGUUUUGCGUCAGGCAAUACGGCUGGGCGCGUUGGGGCGACGGGCGCGAGAUCAUGGACUAUGCUUGGCGCAUGUACGACGAAACCCGGGCCGCUCAUGGGUGUGAAGCCUAUGUCUCGCUGUUCCAGCUUGGCAAUAACGCUUUCACCUAUGGGCACCACACACCCCUGCACGUCAUCCUGGACCAUUGGCUGGAUCUGGUCGAGAGCGGGCUCUGGGCGGUCGGGGCCGACGGCGUCGAAGGCGGCAUGUCAGUGUUUAGGAUGGCAGACUCGGAGGAGCACUGGUGGAGAUACUGCGUGCAGCCGGCCUCCUGGUAG